AGGCCGGAGGAGGCAGAGCCGGGACCGGCCCGGGGGAAAGCAUCAAGCCCAACUUUCUCACCUUGAAGGGAAUAAAGCUCUCCCGAUGCUUCCCCGCCCGUCGCCCUCCCCACCGGUCCAGCCUGUCCCCGCGGAGGACGGAGCCGAGUAGGGGCUCGAUGCGCGGCCAUGGGACGCGGGGCCGCCUUCGGUCGAAGCGUGCUGCGGGCAGCGAUGCUGCUCGCCCUCUGCCCCGGCGCCGCGGGCGGCACAUGGAUGUGGCUGGGCAUCGCGGCCGCCGGCGGGCCGGAGAAACCGGGCUGCUCCAGCCCUCCGUUGAGCCCCGGGCAGCAGGAGCUGUGCAGGCAGAAGCCGGAGCUGGUGCCAGCCAUCCGGGAGGGAGCACGUCUCGGCCUCCAGGAGUGCCGCAGCCAAUUCCGACACGAGCGCUGGGACUGCCGCCCGCCGCCCCCCGUCCAGCGCCGCCCGCCCGCAGCCUUCGGGCAGCAGCUGCAGGCAGGCACAAAGGAGUCUGCGUUUGUGUAUGCCGUGACGGCAGCAGGGCUGGUGCAUGCCGUGACCCGCUCCUGCAGCGCAGGGAACGUGACCGAGUGCUCCUGUGACACCAAGCUGCAGGGCGGGGGCUCGGCCAGCGAGGGCUGGCACUGGGGCGGCUGCUCCGACGACAUCCACUACGGGAUGUCCUUCAGCAGGAGCUUCCUGGAUGCGCCCAUCAGGAAUGCGUCAGGAAAGAGCGGCAACGGGCUGCUGGCCAUGAACCUGCACAACAACGAGGCUGGAAGGCAGGCUGUAGCGAAGCUGAUGUCAGUGGACUGCCGUUGUCAUGGUGUUUCUGGGUCGUGCGCUGUGAAAACCUGCUGGAAAACUAUGUCCUCCUUUGAAAAGAUUGGCCGAUUUUUAAAGGAUAAGUAUGAAAACAGCAUACAGGUAUCAGACAAGAUGAAAAAAAAGCUACGCAGGAAAGAGAAGAGCCAGAGGAAAAUACCAAUCCAGAAAGAAGACCUUCUUUAUGUGAACAAAUCACCCAAUUACUGUGUCGAAGAUCAGAAACUGGGCAUCCCUGGGACUCAGGGCAGGGAGUGCAACCGCACGUCAGAUGGACCCGAUGGCUGCAACCUGCUGUGCUGCGGGCGCGGGUACAACACACAUGUGGUCAGGCACGUGGAGAGGUGUGAGUGCAAGUUCGUCUGGUGCUGCUACGUGCGCUGCCGGCGGUGUGAGACCAUGACCGACGUACACACCUGCAAGUAGGGCUCAGCACAGAAACAGCUGAAUCACCCCACAGCAGGCUGUGCACACAGCUGCCAAGCAGGCAGCAGUUACCAGGACAGGGACUAUGGGGGAUCCGCCUCUGGCGGAACAGGCAUUGCUAAGCAGGGCGUACUCCAAACAGUUGGUGUAUGAAAGCCAUGUGUGGAGAGCAGCCUGCACAGAGGGACAGCCACAGCAACAGGGAAAGACUCCCAGUGGCACAUUUGAGCUAUCUCUGUGUCAGAGUUAAUACCUCUUUGGGACUUGAAUAGCCACAACAUCUUGAAGAUCAAUGUGGUUGGCAAGUACAGUGCAGAGAAUCCAAUAUCUUAUCGGCCAGAGGAUGGAGGGCUAGGAGGCCUGUAAGAUACAUCAGAUGGAUCUGCUAGAUGAUUCAUUUCUACCAGUCUUAUGAAAAAAAAACAGGAAUGCUGUAUGUUCUGUUCACCCUUGAGCAUUUCCUUUGCGACCUUUUGAAAAGCUCUCUGUGACGUGCAGGAUUGCUCCUGGUACCCGGAAAUGUGUGCGCCAAUGGAGAGGUGGGAUAGGAGAGAAUGGCCCAUUGGCCUGGAGCAAACUGUGCCCAGCACAGGGGGGCUGGAGCAUGGUUUAGUGAAUGUGGUGAGCAUGGAGUGCCAAACAGCAACCUCAGGGUCUUGUAUAAGUUGUCUUUCAAAUGCUCAAAGGCCAGGUCUGAAGAGGGAUAGAAAUACAGCGUGGUAUUUGAGGGAAGUGCAGUCCCUCACAGGUAUCUCCUCAGCACCCAAGCGCACAAUUUGCAAUCAACCCAUCAUCACCCCAGUGCUGUACUGCAUGUGAUAACCUGCCAUCUUCAGCCAUCCUGGUGGGGCUCACCAGCAACUUCACAAUUAGCCACGUGAGACUCAGCUCUAUGAAAUCUGUCAUAAAAUGAGAGAUUUAAAACACUUCAAGCACAUUCUGUUAUACGAUCUACAGCUAGAACUUGUCAUUAGUAUCCCAAGUCAGUUCAGUGCACCAUGUCACUGAAGGAUUGGCUCACACCACUAAAAGAUUUCAACUGUUAUCAAUAACGUUUUCUCCCCUCCAUAUGUUGGCUUAAUUCUCUUUUACAUCUGGAAAAAAGGUUGUUUAUUUUUAUGCAGUGAUGCAAUUACUGGUUUAAAAAAGUAUCACGGGAAAAGGAUUUCUGUUGUUUAAAUGUGCAAAGACCUAUUUUUGAUAAGACGAGAAAGUUUAUAUUUUGUAAAUAUUUAAAUUAUGCAAGUUAUGUAAGAAGUUUCCAAAACUAAUGUGCUAAGAUUGCAGCCUUUGGCAUCUGCUGAUGUUUGUUAUUAUUGCAACAGCCUAUAACUGAUUUUUACUUGCAUGAGAAGGGGAAACUUAUUCAGAGGAUUACUGAAAUGUUCUUUAUUAUUAUGAUCAGGUCAGCUAUAACUGACCUGACACAGUGGUGACACUGGUGACACAGUGACGAGAAGCACUUAUUUUGCUAUUCUAAAUGAUCAGUAAUUACUA